GUGGGCUACGAACAGCGAAGCGUUGCUAGCAUCUGAUGCCUGUUAACGAGAAGUGUCCCCCCAGGUGGUAACACACGUGUGCUAAAGCAUAUGCAUCCAUAAUCGGACAAAGGUUUACUUCCUUGUAAAACUCCCAUUUUAUAUAUUUAUUUCUACUGUCAGUCGUAUGUGAGUAAUCUUGGUUGUUUGGCUUCCGGGCACAGUAAAGUUCCCGAGAGUAAAAGUUUGUUUUGGGCUGUUGCAGUGCAAAUCAGACCAUGCCCACCCGCCCAUUAGCUGACAUGACGUUACCACAACUUUUCUGCCCCAUGAGUCGAUAAGCAAAUGUUGCUGUGACCCAGAUCCUCUUCUGAUCAGGGAACCCGUUGAAAUUAACUUUAAAGUAACGUGGUGGAAACCUCCAUAGCGAGCCAACACAAGCGGGGCUGACAGCUUUAAAUUGGCGGGUUUAUGUGUUGUGAUUUAAAUCCUUCACGUCAAGGGGCUGCUAAAAAAAACCAUGUGCUCUAAUAGAAGCCAUGUGGGCUGUUUGGAUGACCAACACUUAUUGUGUAUCCAGUGAAACACUUGAGUGGGUCAGACAGUAGAUUCUACUAACUCCCGAAUUGAAAGUGUCCGAUAAUGGCCAUCAUUCUGUUAAAAGCCCAGAUUGAACGGGUCCCCACGUUCAGGAGCUGUAACCGCCCCUCCCCUACAGAUCCAGAUAUUAAGCUUUUACUGUAAAUAUGGUCAAGAAUCAGUGGGCGCUUCAUUUGUUGACAUCGUUAGCUCCCUGGCUAAAGGAAAACAGAAUUUCCGGAUCCGCACUGUCGACGUUCUGGCUAAAUGCGGAAGCGACCAAAGUUGCAGUGAAGCAGGACGAGACUCACGUCGACAGGCUGCUAUAGUGACCGUCAACCAGUUAGACGACCUGCUGCUGAUUGUGAUUCAUUAAAAAGGACAGGGUGCUGACCGAGGAGCGGAUAUUUCAUCGCACAACCAUCAUGUCCGCAGCAUGUCAGGACAGGAAGAGCCGUUGGCAGGAGAUCCAGAAGGGCUUGCAGUUCAUCCAGUCAACGCUUCCAUUUCCCGGAAACCAAGAGCAGUAUGAGGUGUUCAUUAAGGACCUCGUGUGGAAUCUUUUUGGAGAAGGAAAUGACGUGUAUAACGAGGGGGAAUGGACCAAAUCCAUCGAGAUGUACACGGAAGCUUUGAACAUAGCAGAGUACGCUGACUCUGAGGAUAUCUCUGUUCCAACUGGUUUACUAGAGACGCUGUAUUCAAAUCGGGCUGCUGCAUACCUAAAUGUUGUUCCGGGACUGUACGACCAAGCACUAGAAGACUGUGAAAAGGCUCUCCACUUGAACGAGGGGAACUACAAAGCACUGUACAGAAAAGCAAAAUCUCUGAAGGAGAUGGGGAGGCAUCAGAUGGCCUACGAGACGGUUGCCAAAUGCUCUUUAGUUGUGCCCCAGGAUCCCAGUGUUACACAGCUGACUCAGGACCUUGCCAAAAUUUUGGGAUUGAAAAUCCGUAAAGCUUAUGUGAGGAGUAAGCCUGCCUUGAAUGUAAUGCGAGGAUCGAACUAUCAAGAUGCAUCAUGUGACAAGUUUUCCCAUGGCUCCUCUUCAGUUGACGAUAUAGAAGUUGAAGUGCCUCAGUUGACCCAGGACGGCAGCAUUUUGGCUCCGGUCCUGGCUCCCAUCCCCGCUCCAGUGGCAGCGCACCCGCCCCUGAAUGAUGCAGUGGUGGACGACUUUCCUCCCCAAAACAAUAUCUCAUCGGUGACCCCGUCUGAACCUCCGGGCUUCGAGAACUUUAUCCUGCCUGGGUCUUUGCCCACGUCAGCUCCUCUCCCUGUGCACGCAUUUGUAAACGGCUGCAGAACCGUGGACCCUUGCCCUCUACUUGAAACCAGUUCAGAUUUUGACACAGACAUUAUUGGGGAUGACCUAGAUGAUCUUCUGGACCAAGCCGACUCAGACAUGGUUAUACCCACAGUGAAGGGCCCUCUUCCUCUGCCCAUCAGUAUUGCCUCGGGCAGUUCCAUGUCGAGUCCAUUCCUAAUGCAAUCUCACAUCAACCCGUUUCUCCAGCAGUGCACUGUGACUCUGCCCCCGCUCUAUCACAAAUCAGGGACAAGUACAUAUUUUGAUAUGGACACUUUUGAGGCCCUGCCCCCAGCGCUGGACUCCCUAGAUACGCUCACCAUGACAGACUUCAAAACGGAUUAUGUUUCAAAUCCGUUCAUUCAACUGCUUGACAAUAAGGAAACCCCGAUGGGGAUGGCAGUGGGCAUGCCUGAGGUGAAGGGUCUUCCUGCUGCUGUGGAUUUAGCAAAGAGCCCGUUAGCUGAAACGCAUGAAUUCAAACAAGCCUGCUCGAUGUGCUAUGUCAGAACUGGGCCACGUGUGUUGGAUUACACAUUUCAUACCGAAGAGCAUAAAUGCAAAAAGGAUGCAUUACUUGGCAGAAUCAAGCAUUCGCCAGAUAAAUCGUGGAAGCUCAUUCGGCCCAGACCAACAAAAACCCAAUAUGUAGGGCCAUAUUACAUUUGCAAAGAGGUGGCAGUUGGAAAAGAGUGCCUGUACCCUGGCCACUGCACGUUUGCAUACUGCCAAGAAGAGAUUGAUGUUUGGACUCUGGAGCGAAAAGGGUUCAUCUCCAGAGAAUUGCUCUUCGAUCCUUAUGGACCCAACUCCAACAUCCGGUUGAGUGUACCCAAAAUCUUGCAGGAGCAUCGUGGGAUUUUCAUGUUUCUCUGCGGAGUCUGCUUUGACCACAAACCCAGAAUAAUCAGCAAAACCAACAAAGAUCACCCUUCUUAUUGCUCUCAUCCAGUGACGGAGCAUGUCUUCGAGGACCAUAAGUGCAUGGUCCACGUUUUGAAGGAGAACACGGUCCGAUAUUCUAAAAUCAGGCCGCUGAUUCUCAAUUGCCAGCUGGAUCUCUGUCGCCAUGAAGUCCGCUACGGCUGCGUGAGAGAGGACGAGUGCUUCUACGCCCACAGCCUCAUCGAGCUGAAGGUCUGGAUGAUGCAGCACGAGCUUGGUAUUACUCAUCAAAGUAUUGUCCAAGAAGCAAAGCAGUUUUGGAACGCCACAGCAUCGUUGCAGGGAGUCCAGCUGUCCAACACACAGAGGAGGUUCGGGCCUCCAAAUCUGAAGAUGAUUUUUGUCUGUGGCCAGUGCUGGAGAAAUGGCCAAAUGAGCGAAGCCGACAAAAACAAGAAGUAUUGCUCAGCCAAGGCAAGACACACGUGGGCGAAAGACAGACGGGUGGUGCUUGUAAGUUCCCAUGAGAGGAAAAAGUGGACAACAGUUCGAGCGCUUCCAACCAAAAAGCCGAUCCCGUCUCAGUUUGAGAUUUGCAUGCACGUGACUUCUGGAAAGAAGUGUCAGUACAUCGGGAACUGCACAUUCGCUCACAGUGUAGAAGAACGGGACCUUUGGACCUACAUGAAGGAAAACAAUAUUCCAGAUAUGGAUCAGCUUUAUGAGCAGUGGCUGCAGUCACAGAAGCCUGGCUGGGGGGACGAGACCUCGGGUAACUCUGUGAGGGAGAACGGCAAGCAGAUCCACAUGCCAACAGACUACGCAGAGGAAGUGGCUGGCAAUCACUGUUGGCUGUGUGGUAAAAACUGCAACAGCGAGAAGCAGUGGCAGCAGCACAUCACGUCAGAAAAACACAAAGACCGGGUUUUCAACUCGGAGGACGACCAGAACUGCUGGCAGUAUCGAUUUCCCACAGGCACUUUCAAAGUUUGUGAGAGGUUCCUCAAAGACACGUGCACAGAGGAUGACCACUGUAAGCUGGCCCACGGGGAGCAGGAGCUAAAAGAGUGGACGGAGCGCCGGGAAUUCCUUUUGAUGAAACUUGCCAAAGCCAAAAAAGACCAUCUUAUAGCACCCAAUGACAAUGACUUUGGAAAAUACAGUUUUCUGCUUAAAGACAUCAAAUAAAAAUGGCGACAAGAUCCAUGCUCACUGAAUGACAAAGCAGUAUUCCAACGGUCCCGAAUCAGGUGAUCCUUGAAAGCCUCUGAGAUGCACAGGAAGCAGCCUGAUCACAGCAUGGUUUUAAAGAGGGCGAUCGGGGACCGGCCCUAUGUUGGUGGCUUGUUUACUCUGAUCAGAAGUACGGGAGUGUUGACAGCAAAUUAUUAGUGUAAGACACUUUAAGCUUUGCUAUGCACCUUUACAGUAGAUCUGAAAUCGGUGAUGAACAUAGCCUGUGUAAACCCUGAUCAGAGACGUGUUCAGACACCUAACAGUUGACCUAAAAGAAUUGUUUAAAUUUUCACAAGAAGUUUGUUUGUUGAUGACCUCUCCUUUUUUUCCCCAAGUUUUAAGUAUGGGAUACUUAAAAUACCAUUCUUUUAUUUUUAUCCAUCAACAUAGGUCAUUUUCCAUUUAUCUAAUAGUGUUACCAGUGUAAUGGGCACCACACCAAAUAAAGCUUCUUUUAUAACCUG